AAUGGAUAAUAAGAGAGAUUCAAAUUCAAAAAAGGUCUCGGCAACUAUCGGGUCCUUUUCCGAAGAUGUUACGGUGGAACAAUUUGAAAUUUCCGACAAGAAUGAAGAAACAACAGAUAACGAUAGUUCGUUUGAUAUUAAUUCAGAACAUAUUAGCGACGACCUACAAGAUGACAGAUGUAAUGAAACUUCUAGCAAAGUAGUUAUUCAGGAGGUUGAUAGUUUACAGCCAAAUGAAGAACCAUCUUACCGUAGAUCAAUGAAAAGAAAACCAUAUAGAUAUGAAUGGAAUGCAUCAACAAUGAAAGAUGUAUUAACAGUAAGAUGUAAACAAGUAACAGGGUUCCUGCACAAAGAAAAGUUCGGUUCGGGUGGUAGGGGAAAGUGUAUUCGAGUUAAUGAAAAGUGGUUUACCCCCAAUGAAUUUGAAAAUUUUUGCGGAAGAGGUAGUAGCAAAGACUGGAAAAGAUCAAUACGUUAUGGAGGAAGACCCCUGCAAUUCUUGAUUGAGGAUGGUAUUCUAGUUCCUCACGCUGCAUCCUGUACAUGUUCAGCUUGCUGUGAUGAUGAGAGUGUUAAUGCACCAGUAAGAUUUUUUGUUCCAUACAAAAGAAAGAAAAAAGAAAUAAGUUCUUCUACCUCGGUGAAGAGAUUAGCGUUAUCCGACCAAGCCUUAUCCGACGUUACUUUAAUACCAACACAAUCUGAUACGAACUUGUCAAGAACUUCUUUUAAUUCAGAUAUAAUACCUGUACAAUUUAUCUCUGCCGAUUUAGGGAACGUUUAUCAAGAUUCCACUGGGCAAACCUUGUACGUCCCAUCUGUAACCACUAAUACGACGUGUGAAGAGGAAAAAAUAUGGUGGCAAUUGGAAACGAGUGUAAAGAGUAUAGUCAACGAAGCUCAAAAUUUACUAUCUCAAAUUCGGCAAGUCAAGCAGCAAGUUAAUUUUGCUAAAGAAAAGGCUAUCCGAGAUUUAAAAUCUCAACUACUAAAAUCUAAACAAACUGAGCCUGAUGAUUCAAUAAUGGAUAAUUCUUCAUCAUCAAUGGUUUGGGCUUCUAAAUAA